AUGGAGAGUGCAACAAUACCGAUGCCACCUGCAUACCACCAAGGUAGAGAUGGGAAACCCAAAUGUUAUAGGACACUGAGUCAGCGUGCUAGCACAACAGUCCAGAGACCAUUUAUUACUGCUCCACAUUCUCUUAUAGGAACAUUGGAGAACCCAAUACACGCUGGCGCGGACACGACAACCCACAACAGUCAAUCCACAGGCGGCAGAAGUGGUAUAAGCUACUGGUUUGAAGGACUACCAAGUGGUGGUUUUGGUGGCGUAGAUGCUCUGGGCUACGAAAGACCAUCUUGGCCUAUUCAGCUACCCAGUAAUCCACAGUUCCAUUCGUUUCAACGCGCAACCAUGAUUAACCCGAACGGGCAUACACUAGAUAAUAAGCACCGCGUGGAUUUCAAACCUAAGGUUCCCAGUGGUGCAUUGUCCGGGUAG